GAGGAGCCUCGGCCGGUUGCUGUGAAGAUGAGUGUGGCGGUGGGUGCACUGGGUGUCGGGGAGCUGAGCCUCGCUCAGCAGGGCCUCGCCCAGGGCACCCCGACUGCCUCGCUGCCCAUCAACUGCACCGCCGAGGACUGCGAUUUUAUGUCCGGGUCAGUGGCCACGCUAGACUGGCAAGGAAACGAAACAUGGCUGCAGGGCAACGUCUCGGGGAAUGCCACCCUGGCCGACGGGGACGUGUACUUCAUGGCAGCCAUAUCCGUCGUGCUCGGCAUUAUGAUCCUCAUCACCAUCAUAGGCAAUGUGUUCGUGAUCGCUGCCAUCCUCCUGGAGCGCAACUUGCAGAACGUGGCCAACUACCUGAUUGUCUCGCUGGCUGUGGCGGACCUCAUGGUGGCGUGCCUCGUCAUGCCGCUGGGCGCAGUUUACGAGGUAAGCAAGGUUGGACUACGGAUCAACAUUUUUCUAGAGCAACUUCGCGGUAUGGCCCGUGCGGCUUGAGAAGGCGCACACUUU